UAGACGGAUACUAACGGAAAAUGUAUGCAACCACAUUUCUGAACCGCAUAUUUAUUUACAAUAAAGCAAACGCAGUGGAGGGGUUAUGUUUUGUAAUAUCCGCAAUGGCCAAUCACACGCAAGGACAGCACUGUAAAGCUCAAAGGAUCGAGCUGUUUUGUUGUACAAGUUUGUUGGGAUAAAAACGGUGGACUUGCAGCACACAGAGGUUCCAGAAGCUUACAGAGGAAGAGGCAUCGCCAAGCACCUGGUGAAGCCAUGGAUUUUGUGGUGGAAGAAGACCUGAAAGCCCACCUUACCUGCUGGUAUAUCCAAAAAUAUGUGAAAGAUAAUCCCCAGUACCAGGAGCAUAUUCAACAUUGAUUUAAAGACUUGAUUGAUCAAGACUGAACAGUGAGUUCAACAGAACACACAGCAUUAUUGGUUCCUUAGUACAUUACCACAAAAUAUGACAUUGAGCUCUUUCAGGAUCUUGUGUGAAUCGUACAUUGGCCAAGGAUGAAAACCAGUUUGGUAGUUAUACAUAAGUCUCCACCACUUGGUCCCAGACCUGAAAUGUAAGCAUGUUAGAAGUUUUGGAUCCAUGUUUCUCGCACUUAUUUUGGUAAAAGGUUAUUUACAUUUACUUAACCCAAAUAAACAUGAGUUUGUUAAUACAUGAGGUGUUAUGGCAUUUCUUUCUAUAUAUAUCUUACUUCUCUUCUCAAUCUAAGUGUUAUUAGCUUGUAAAGCCACCGGAGUUUAGCCCUAAUCCUGUAUAACUGUAAUGGAUUGUGUCAAUUUGGUAUGGGAUUAAAGUGCUGGAGUGUUUGCAUUUCCGUUUUAGGAUAUGAUGUAUCUUGUGUGUCUAAACUAGGUUGGUUCUUAUUUGAAUUGAGGCUCUCAAGACAUCUUGCAUCUUUUAGAGUCUUGUUAUGAUGACAAUACAUUCCCUCUGUAGAAUAGUUUCUUUCCUCCAGUGAGUGAUUGUGGAAUUCUUGAACGUUGUGGAGAAAUAACAUCAUGUCCAGCAAACAGAAGGGCCAGAAGGCCGCGUUCCAUACGAAGACCAGCAGGCAGAACCCAAAGAGAAGAAGGAGUGUGGACCCUCCUGCAUCUCAGGACUGUGGUUCAGCAAAAAUGGCAGUGACUGGAGGAGGUGAGCAGUCUGGCAGCAGUAGCAGAAAAAGCAGCAGCUAUAGCAGCAGCACUGGCUGUCUUGGAAUGAGUGACCACAGAAGCAGCACUGUGGCCAGGCUGGACAAGACACCAGCUACAGCUGGGCGGAACCAGAAGGGCCAGCAGCAUGUGAGGGAAGGACGUCUCCUCUCCAGCAGAUGGGACCCUCCUGCAGUCAGCACCUCCCAUCUUCCUGCCCACUCUGGAACCUCCUGCUCCUCUGUCAGCCAUCUUGACCAACGCUCUACCCCAGGUGCAGAUUGCCUGGAUUCACGGACAGUAGAACGUAGUUCCUCGUCCCUUGAGAACACAGCUCCAGACGUGCAGCAGAGAUCUCCCCACUCCAGUGGUCUUGGAGACAUGUUUAGCAGGACAGAGCAGUGUGAAGGAGAUGAUACCAACCUCUCCUCAGAGCUGACGUCUUCCUCUGCUCCCCCUGCCAACACAACACGGCAAACUUGCUACAGCAGACUUCCCCACAGCAAGAAACAACCUGAUCUACUUAACUUCAAAAAGGGAUGGAUGACAAGAUUGGAUGAAGAUGGGCAGUGGAGGAAACACUGGUUUGUCCUGACUGACCAAAUCCUGAGAUUUUACAGAGACUCUGUCGCUGAAGAGGCAGCAGAUAUGGAUGGCGAGAUUAAUUUGUCCUCUUGUUAUGACAUCACAGACUACCCAGCUCAGAGAAAUUAUGGGUUCCAGAUCCAUACUGAAGACGGGGUGUGCACCUUGUGUGCACUGACAGCUGGGAUACGACGCAACUGGGUGCAAGCGGUGAUGAAGAAUGUGAGGCCCUUUGUCAACCCAGAUGUUACCAGCUCUAACCCAGACCAAAGUUCUCCACUGCGACCACAAGUUCCGAAAUACAAAGGGACGCAACCACUGGAGGGAGCUGAGAAAACUGUGCAGCCAAAGAGUUGUGGUUUUGAGUGUUGCCCAGAGAGGAGGUUCAAACCCUUUGACGGGACAGAGACGAGCCAGCGGGAGGACCUGAGGGGAGGAGGGACCUCUGGGGCCGGCGGCUCACCGCCCUCCCCUGCAUCUUCACAACGAUUCUCCUCCACCAGCUCGUCAUCUCAGUGUCUCAGAGAUAUUGCAUUGCUAGAGGUUUCACCCAUUACCAAGUCUACAGAGACAGGUGUGACAGGAACACUUAAAAAUGGCGGUACUGAAAAAAAGGUUGAGGUUGAUAGCUUUGAAUCUACAGCAGACAACCCCCCUGGAGUUCAGCUGGAGAUGGAGGUAGAGACUACGCCCUUCAGAGAAGAGAGACCUGAACCGGUGGAGGAGAGAGCAGAUCUACCCUCUAAACAGCUAGUCAAAGAGUUGGAGAAGACCCAGCUGGAGUUGACCAGAGUUCAACAGAGAAAUCAUAACUUGCAAGAACAAAUGCAAGAAGAGAGAGGACGCUAUUUUAGGGAGGUACACCUUCUGCAGAAUGGCCUGCUGUCAUCUCCUAAUUCACCCUCUUCAGCACAAGCUAGUGCCUUUCAGCGGCUACAGAAACUGAACCAAGAUUUGCGGUUUGAGCUGGAGGCUCAGAGGCGAUGUCAGGAGGAGGCCUGUGAGGCGGAGCUGAGAACGAGGGCGGAGUUGUUAGCUCUGCAGGCGCAGGUGUUGAGUAGCAGUGAGGCUUCAGCGCUUGCACGUGGCGCCAAGGUGGAGCAGGAACAUCAGAGCUCUCAGGAACAGUGGCAGGAGAUGGAGGGCUGUGGAACUUCACUGCAAAUGCAGCAGGCCAAUAGUGAGAAAGUCAGUGCGGCACCUCAUGCCCUACAGCAGGAGGCGCUGUGUCUUAGGGAACUACUGCAAGAGGCGUCAACAAAACUGUGUGCCAAUGAAAAGGCACAGGCGGAGAAGGAGGAGCAUCUACAGAAACACCUCGGGUUACUGCAGGAGAGCCAGGAUAGGGAGAGGAGAAUCCUAGCUGCUGGUUUGGCACAGGCUGAGUGUCGUGCUCAACACCUGCAGGAGCAGCUGGACAGGGCGGAGCAGCAGGUGGAGAUCUUCAGGAGGGGACAUGCGUCGGUCGUGGGAGUGGCGGAAGUAGAACAACAGCUUCAAGAGGAGCUAACCCGCACAGUAGUUGCAGUAGGUGUGCUACAGGAGGAGAGGGCUCAGCUCAAGCAACACUGCCAAGAGUUACAGAAGCAGCUGUCCGAGGCUGAUAGACAGGUGAGCAAGCUGCAGAGCCGUCUGGAGACAGAGGAGACGGACUACUACAACCUGGAGCACUCUUACGAAAGGGCCUGUGAGGAGCUUCAGAUAGCCGAGGGGCAGGCACGAGACAGGGAGGCUGUGGCAUGUGAUGUCAGGGAAGGCUACGAGAGCAUUCUGGACAGGAAAGAACGAGAGCUAAGCGAAAUUCUAGUUAAGAUGGCAGCCUUAGGGAACAGCCUUGAAGAGACAGAAAGGAAGCUAAGUGAGGUAAUAGAAGGAUGCAGUUGUGCCUCCUCUGUAGUGGACACAAAGUCUUUAGAGCAGAAGGGUAAAAAACAGCAAGUAACAGGGUCUCUGUUUAGAGUGACUGAUAACAGACUGAUCACAUCCAGCAGUCUGAGAAUGUGGGAAACCCAGACGUCUCCCCACAUCAACUGUCCUGAUGAAGAACAUGCAGAUGGCAGCAAGUCUGGCACUGAGUGCUCCAGAGAUCCUCCCUCUUCCAUUGACCAGCACAUUGUUGCUGCAGGGGACGACCCAGAUAGUUUCAUGUCUGUCAUAAAGGGCCUUGAGAAUAAGCUGUAUAUGACAGAGGAGAAGCUGAGAGAUUUAACCCAAAGACUGAAGGAGCCGCCUGGCAGAUGGAGCAGUACAGACCCUCACCUGCAGUCCCAGCUCACCCAGAGCCAGGCCACGGCCCAGCGUCUCAGCCUUCUGCUCCACAACCAGGCCAAGCAAAGCCGGACCUUUGCUCUGGAAACUGAGAGACGCACCAGGAUGCUUGAAGGCCAGUUACAAGCAGCACUUGAAAGCGUACAAACCUGCCAAGAAACACUUACAUCCCUGCUGAGAAACUGUGGCAAAAGUAACACAAAAACUGACAGUGCACUCUAUGAAUUUGAGAUGCAGCUAGUUGCUGCUGCUGCCUGCCUCCGGCAGGGGGGGUUAGUGACUGAGGAUCAACAGCAUGAGUGCCGUCGCUUUUACAAGGAGAGAGAAGAACUGAUCGACUAUAAAAUAUCACCGGAAGGUAAUGGUUUGGGAAGUGGACCAUGCAAGUUUCCCCACAGUUUGUCCUCGGAGGGAAUGGAACCGUUUGGUCAACUGUUAACCUUGGAAGCAUCAAUAAUGGAAAGAAUGGUGUCAAUCCUACAAAGUCAAAAUAUCUCCCAUGAUUUGGCUGACCUUUUGCUCGCUGUGGAUGAGGGUGAUGUUGCACUCAUGUACAAAAGUGUGCUUUUAAGAAGAAACGCAAUAGAAGAAGAGGAAAGAAUUCAGAUCAGAGAAUCAGAGCAGGAAAUGAUUGAAAGUUCUAUUCAUAGAGUCUGUACUAGAGCAGAAUUGACAUAUUUAGCUUUAAAAUUACUGCAUCGUUAUGAGGACGAACUCAAAGGAGACCUGAAAGCUGAUGGCUUGAGCACUGGGCAUCUACAGCAAGACUUAGAAUCCUGUAGUGUAAGUGAUGAGCUUCUCUCUACUCACAUGAGUCCGGCUGACAUCAGUCCCCCUGAGCUGGCCCCGUACGAGGAACGCAUGCAGCUCAAGGCCUCAAGCUUGGAAGAGGAUGUACAGGAGAAGCUGCAGAAAAGGGACACAUCCAUCUUCUGUAAGGGCAAAGCAGAGAAACAACAUGGCUGGGUGGAGAGUCUUGCAGCCCAGCUGCAGAGGAGAGCCACAGUCCUCCAGCAAAUUUGCCAGAAAAUCUCUAAACCAAAGAUUAGUAAUGUAGAACAUGCCAGUGUGGAUGACUCAGUCACAAUCUCAUACCCUCUGGAGCAGGUGUUUGUUCAGCUGCAUAUAACUUAUGUGGUUUUCAGGUUGUUCACGGAUUAUGAAAUAGAGUUGCAACAUUGCAAAACAGAAAGUAAAAAGCUGCAGUCCCUGUUCCAUGAGGAGCAGCUAACUCUCCAGCAGGAACGACAGAACUUCAGCGACUCUUUGUCUCGUCUUCAGAUGGAUAACAACACUCUGAGAGAAAGUUUGGAGUUGGCUAACAUAAAGAGAAUGGCUGUAGAAAGUGAGACCCAGCAGAAAAUAACUGUUCUUCUUGCAGAUAUUGACUCCAUAGAGGACCGCCAUGAGAGCCAAGUGCAAAAGCUAGAAGAGGUGUUCCAAAGAAAGCUACGUGAACUGCAGCAGAUCCAUGAGGAGGAAAUGAAAGGACUACACAGACAACAUUCUCAGUGUGGACUCAGUCCAGGCUCAGCCCUGAAUGCAGAUAAACUGAAAGGACAUCAGUUGUUGGUGUCAACAAUGAAGCAGCAAAUCUCUGAUUUUGAGAUUCAAGUAAACACAAUAACAAAGAAGCUACAAUGCAAUUACUUAGAAGGAGAUGAAGUUGCCAUGAGAGAGGCUUGUGAGAAAGACUUGGAAACAGUGAAGGCAUCCUGUGAACAAGGAUAUACUGCCAUGGUGGAGGUUUAUCAGAGGAUAGUGGGUGACCUGCAGCGGCGGCACCAGUUGGAGGUGGCUACAAUCCUGAAAGAAAGAGACAGACUCUUGAAAGAGGAGACUUCUGCCACUGUUGCUGCAAUUGAAGCAAUGAAGAAAGUGCACAAGGAGGAAAUAAGGAGAAGUCAUCAAUCUCAACUCAGCAGCGUCAGCUCAGACAUAACGACUCUGCGUGCUCAGUAUGAAGAGGAGCUUCAGUUGCUGCAGAGAGAGCUGGAUGUCUUAUCUGAGCAGUACUCUCAGAAGUGCCUGGACAGCUCUCAGAUAAGCCAGGCCCUGGGAUCUGAGAAAGAAGCCAUACUGCUGCUGAGAAAAGACAACCAAGAACUCAGAUCCCAGAUGCUGGCGCUGAAUCAAAGACUGACAGAACAUCAGGUCAGUGGGGAGCAGACUGACACAGACUACCAGCUGGUGUCCCUCUCUCUGUGGCAGCAGGUGGAGCAACAGUGCCUGAAACAAGAGAACCUGUCUCUUAACAAGAACCUGAAAGCAGCUCUGAAGGACAAGGCAUAUGUUACGGACAAGCUCAAAGCUCUUUACAAUGAGCUGAGUGAUACCCCAGGCCUCACCCCAGGCCUCACCCCAGGCCUCACCCCAGGCCUCACACCAGGCCUCACUCCAGGCCUCACACCAGGCCUCACACCAGGCCUCACACCAGGCCUCACUCCAGGCCUCACUCCAGGCCUCACACCAGGCCUCACUCCAGGCCUCACACCAGGCCUCACACCAGGCCUCACACCAGGCCUCACUCCAGGCCUCACACCAGGCCUCACACCAGGCCUCACUCCAGGCCUCACUCCAGGCCUAACCCCAGGCCUCACACCAGGCCUCACACCAGGCCUCACCCCAGGCCUCACACCAGGCCUCACUCCAGGCCUCACACCAGGCCUCACACCAGGCCUCACCCCAGGCCUCACACCAGGCCUCACACCAGGCCUCACUCCAGGCCUCACUCUAAGGGGUGUCAGUACAGGAAGAGAGGACAGCCUGGAGGAGCCUCAGGUCAGACCCACUCCUGCUCGAGGAUAUGACAUGGGGACUUCCAAAGAAAACACCAUAACCAGACAAAUAAGAGGGAGUCUGAAAGAGGGUCUCUCUCCCCGAGAAAGAGUGCAGCUGUUUGAGUCUCUGGAGUAGGUCUACUGUUGUUCGUAGAGGUUGUAAGUGUGAGUUAGUGUGUCUGCCUCUGAUUCUGUCUCUGUGUGUGUUAGUGUCAGCGCUUGGAAUGAGCAUGUCUGUAACACUAAUGUAAUGUCACAUGUUACUCGUAAUUAAUAUUAAACACAAGACACACAAAACAUCUUUGGUUUUGUAAAUGAUGAGAAAUAAUUUAAAGCAUCUGUAAAAAUGGUCUGAUAAUGUGUGCUAAAGAAUGAGGAAAGUAUAGUUAAAUUAAAUGUUGCUUUUAGUGACUGUAAAUCCCUUGUAAUCUUUUUGUCA